AUGGCCGCAUCGCCAUCUGCAUCCGACGGCGCUGCCGCUGCCCAGAGCAGGAAGGUUGCGUUCCGUUUCUGUGGCGAAUGCUCCAACCUCCUCUACCCCCAAGAAGACACGGAGAACAACAAGCUCAUGUUCGCCUGCCGCAGCUGCCGGUACAGCGAGCCCGCCCACUCCAACUGCGUCUACCGCAACGAGCUCAGCUCCACCGUCGGCGAGACCGCCGGCGUCACCAUAGACGUCGCGAGUGAUCCUACGGUUGGUGAACCUAUUCCUGGCUUCUGCACCAUGUGUGGUUCGGAGAUCUUCUGCGUGAAGUGCGGGCAAGAGACGGAGAACGGGUUCUAUCUCGAGGUCGAAGAUUUCGACGUACACAUGGUGUCGUGUGAAACCUCGCCUAUCGCCGAGAGCGCGCCGCACCCUUUCGGGCGCAAAGACUCGGCGGACCCGAAUACAUCAAAGACCUGA